CCUUGAUUCAAGGAUCAUUGGCAAUUGAACUUGAACCCCAUGUCUCAGUCUAUGAUCCAUUCUUUUAUUCUUCCAAUUCCAUUAUCAUUUCCUUAAAAUCUCACACCUUUAUAAUUCCACCACCAAUAACAAAACCCAUAAAAGAGGGAAAAAAAACCCGACAUUUUCCAUCGCUAACUUCUCAAAGAUCUAAACUUUAACAUUAAAAUAACAAAACCCAAAAAAAUCCAAUCCAUUAUCAACCAUCUGCUUCUCAAAAAUCUAAACUUUUUUCCAUUUCAUAUAUGGGAAAAUCAAUUCUCUCUGCGGUUAGGUUCCACGAGUUGUGUCGCAUCGUUUCAUCAUCUGCGAAUGGGAAUGCGAAGAGGACGGCGACAGCACAGAAGCAACAACCACAAAGGAUGCAAACAAAGACGGUUGCUGUCCCUUCUCUAAAACAUGGUAAGAUGGGAACAUCGGAGGAACAAUGUCGGAUGCCACUGUCCCGUGUGGUCGCAGAUUGUACCAAUCGGUGGUUCCAUGAUACCCUUAAGGAGGCAAAGGCUGGUGACACCUCUAUGCAGCUCCUUGUUGCUCAGAUGUAUUUCAGUGGAUAUGGGGUCCCCAAGGAUCCUCAAAAGGGAAAUGUUUGGAUCGAUAAAGCAGCUAGAAGUCGGAAUUCAGUUUGGAAAGCAUGUGAUAAGCAUAUAGGUUACAGAACUAGUGAUUCAGAUUCAUAUGGACUGGAGAACGAUGCUAAGUAAUCUCCAUAGUUCACUACCACAGGGGUAAGGGGUAAUGAUAAGACUUUAAUGCUCCAUUACCAGAUUCAAUUUCAAUUUUGUAAUUUCAUUUUUGUAAUAUGUAACAUGUACUAUAUGAUAGUUUAUACAUAUUUAUUAUAGCAUCAAAAUAACAAGGUUCUACUUCAAUUAUCUCUCUUGUGUCUAUAUGUAGUAAGCACAUGUACUGCUCAUUUUCAAGGAGUUAGAGA